AUGAGAAUCCUAAUGAUCCACGGAUCCCGCCAAUCGGGCGAACUCUUCCGCGCAAAACUGCAAGCCUUAGAAAAACUAAUCCGCCGAACCCUCCCUGUCCACGAAGUUGAACUCGUAUACCCAACAGCACCCUUCCAACUAGAGCCCGAGCCCUCCAAUGGUAGCACAUCCGACCUACGCAAUCGGCACGGCGCAUGGAACUGGUUCGAAUCCGAAUCCAUCGACGGUGUUUAUCCCGGCCUAGAACGCGGCUUGGAGUGUAUUGGGUCUAUUCUUAGAGAUUCCGGGCCGUUCGAUGGGAUCGUCGGGUUUAGUCAGGGGGCUGCUGCGGGCGCUAUGGUCGCCUCGCUUCUGGAAGGAGAUCGGAAAGAUGCAUUUACCCGGUUAGAGGCGGAAGGUGGGAUCCCGUAUCCUGCUUGCUUUGAUACACUUGAACACCCGCCGCUUAAGUUUGUGGUUAGCAUUUCGGGGUAUGGGGCUCCGGAUCUGGCUUAUCGUGCCUUCUAUGAUCCUGUUAUUCGGACGCCAGUGAUGCAUUUUUUGGGGAGUAUGGAUACUGUUGUUGAUGAGAGUGCGUCGAUGAGGUUGGUAGAUAGUUGUCAGGAUGGGAAGAGUCGGGUUAUUUGGCAUUCGGGUGGACAUGUGGUGCCAAGUGGAAAGAGGGAACUCGCAGCAGGUGCGCUUUUCAUUAAAUCUAGCAUAGGCUGA